AUGGGCGGCAAAGCCUUCCAAAGAUCUACUUCAGCGGACCUUGUCGUGGUCGGAAGUAGCAACGGCAACGCAAUUGCAGCAUCAACAUCGACAUCGACCCAUGUACCAUCAACAAUGAACGGUGCUACAAACUCAUCUGCGGCGCAAGCAGCCGCGGCCUUACCUCCUGCAGAGGCCUCGUACCAAUCUAUGGACUCGGAAGAGCUUUCUGCACUCGAAGAGAUGGCCGAAGGCGAGUCUGAAUCCGAUACCGAGAUCGAUCGACUCCUCGACGCAGCCGCCGACGCCUUCCCUCCCGAAACCGUCUCGCUCAUGAUUAAGGAUCUCAAGCAGCGCGGCAUCGUCACCUUUCUCCAAACUUACAUCGUACCCGAUCCAGCUCCGCUGCGCAUCAAACACCUCCUUCUCGCAUUGGGCGUCUUCCUGCCUCGUUCGAUACGCGAAUCCGAUGCACCGCUCGACACCCUCCUUCCCAUCCUGAAAACCGCGCUCGCUCGCAUCCUUCGACGUCGAGAAAAACUGCCACAAUAUAACACCAUCUCCGAUGCACUCGAUCUCCUCUCAACCCGCAAACGAAUCAUGAUCCUCUCUGGUGCCGGCAUCUCGGUCUCUUGCGGCAUCCCCGACUUUCGCUCCAAGGACGGCAUCUAUGCCAUCCUCCAAUCUGAAGGACAGUACGAACUUGACGACCCACAAGACAUGUUUGACAAGACCUUCUUUCUCUCCAAUCCGUCAAUGUUCUACUCCUUUGCGCACAAGAUCUUCCCCAGCAAUUUUGUGCCUAGCUCUGCACAUCGGUUCAUCAAACUCAUCGAAGAGAGGGGCCAGUUGUUGAGAAAUUACAGUCAGAACAUUGACACGUUAGAGCAGCUAGUGGGGAUCGAGCGGGUGUUGCAGUGUCAUGGAAGCUUUGCUAGUGCUAGCUGUACGGAUCCGACAUGUGGGUUCAGGUGUAAGGGGAGUGAGAUUGCCGAAGCGAUCUUCAAGCAGAGCGUACCGAGUUGUCCUCGGUGCGAGCAACGGAAGCUGACACAAGCAGCUGCGGCCAAGCCGAGCAAGAAGAAGCGCAAAGUUGGGAAUGGGAAGAGUUGGAGACCAACUGAUGAAUCCGACGACGACAACGAGGAUCUCAACGACGAGACCUCGCUACCUGGAUUCGGCAUCCUUAAACCUGACAUUACAUUUUUCGGCGAGAAACUCUCUUCGUCCUUCGAUCACGCCCUACUGGCAGAUCGAGAGCAGGUGGACCUGCUCAUCGUCAUGGGUACCUCGCUCAAAGUCGCACCUGUAUCCGAGAUUCUCGGCCACAUCCCACACUCAACCCCGGUAAUUCUGAUCAACAAGACGCCAAUCCUCCACUUGGCAACGGAUAUCAUGUUGUUGGGAGAUUGCGACCGCAUCGUCGAGUAUCUCUGUCGCAAACUCGGAUGGAAUUUGCCGUCGAUCCAGCCGAGCAGAGAUGUGGUGGGUACGCAGGCGGCGGAAGAGGUCAAGCAUAAGGUAGAAGAGCAGGAAGAGCGCGCGCAUGACAUCAACAAGGCCGAAACGAAGGUGGUGGUCGACGACGACAAGGAAGAGGUGGAGGAACCGGAAAGAUUGAUGAACAGCCACGCUUGGCUGUUCGAAGGCGCAGAGCCUGGACGCUUGCCAGCAUUGCUCGCGGAGAUGGAGGAGGAGGAAGAGGAGGGAGAAACCGACGACGAGGAUGGUGAACGGGAACAAGACGAGCCACGAGACAAGGUUCUCCCUGCAGAUCUGUCCUCGGCGCAUUCACAACAGGCUCCAUCAUAA